UUCUAUCCAAUUCCUUCCGAAAGUGUCGCAUUUUCGUCUUGGAAGGAAAUGGCUACUACACACUACGAUUUACCUUCAACCUUGUCACUGCGUUCGAACCCUUCUCUUCGUUUGAUUCAGAAUUUGAACAUAACAAACCCUAACAAUUCAUGGUUAGGAACCAAAAUUAGGGUUCAACAUUGCUCUGUCAGUGUAAAAUCCUCCGUCUCCGUUUUCCACCGCCGUCCUUUGGCUGCUACCGUUUCCUUCAGUCUCCCCACCUCAAAUCCUGAGCGUGUUUCUCCAGGCCAGGAAAUUCCCAAAUGGUCUUCUAAAGCUAUAAAAUCGUUUGCAAUGUCUGCAAUCGAGGCAAGAAAACUCAAGUUUACUACUACUGGCACUGAAGCUCUUAUCAUGGGGAUUCUUAUCGAGGGUACUAAUCUGGCUAGCAAGUUUUUGAGAGCCAAUGGAAUUACACUUUUCAAGGUGCGAGAUGAAAUUGUGAAAAUACUUGGAGAAGUUGAUCCGUUUACAGAAACCCCCGAGCGUCCACCAAUGACUGAUGAUGCUCAGAGGGCCCUUGAUUGGGCUGUUGAUCGAAAAUUAAAAUCUGUUGAUGGUGGGGAAGUAACCACAGCACACAUAAUUCUUGGCAUUUGGUCUGAUGUGGAUUCCCCAGGUCACAAGAUACUAUCCAAACUUGGCAUUAAUGACGAAAAAGCUAAAGAGCUAGAGGCCUCAAUUUCUAAACAUGUUGUUAAGGAUGAGUGAUGGUUACUUAAAAGAUGAUUUAGCAAUUUUUUUAUGUUAAUGCACAUUGAUAAUUGAUGCAAUUGUUUGUACAAUAGAUAGAUCAACAGGCUGUUCUUCCUAUUGAUUUUGAUUGCAUAAUCAUAUAUAUUUUCAAAUGUAAAA